AUGGAUAUGAACCAUCUUAUAGGUCAGCGGUUCAACCUGAUCUCCAAGAGUGACAUUCGCUAUGUGGGCACUUUGCAUGAGAUCAACCCUGAAGCCUCCACAAUAGCUCUCGAGAAUGUCGUAUCCUUCGGUACCGAGGGUCGGCGAGGCAACCCCACAGAUGAGCUUCCACCUGCCCCAAAUAUCUAUGAAUACAUCGUGUUCCGUGGCAGCGAUGUAAAGGACAUCAGUGUAGCCGAGGACAAGAAGGAAGAUGCAGCCCAAGAGCCUCCACAGGUACCAGAUGAUCCGGCCAUUCUCGGGAGCAUGUCUCGUCCAGGACCCGCCCCUCAAGGACUUCCUCCCCAAUCCCAGACGCCACAACAAUCUCAGAUGUCUCGUCCGCCGCCGCCACCUGGAUAUCCCCAACCACAAUUCCAGGGAGGCUUCUACCCUCCUCCCUAUGGACAACGCUUUGGAGGACCUGGUUUCCCCCCUGGCCCAGGGUUUCCUAAUGUGCCGUAUGGAGCUCCUCCAGGAUGGUUCCCCCCUCCCGGACAAGGGUUCCCUCAGCCAGGUCAAUUUCCUCCCCAGAUGCCAAUGGGUCCUGGCGGCCAGCAUCAGACCCCCCCUCCGCCGCGGCCCAUGCCCGGUGCGGGUCCUAUGAACAUGCCUAAGAACACAUCCGAACUGCCCUCUGAUAAGCCCUCCAGUAAGCCCGGUAGCCGUAAUGGCACGCCUGCACCUAGUAAUGCAGCCCAAAAUGCCCCCACUCCGCCCGUUGAGUCUAAGCCACCGGUUUCGGAGGCUCUUCAGGCGGCUACUGGUCCUACUCAGGUCACGGCUGGAACUGCUAAGGCGCCCCCCACUGGACCCAGAAGUGGACGUGUGCAGCCUGCCAUACCCAUUGCCGCCCCCGGUAAGCCGCCAGUUCCUCAGGUUCCUGGCCCCGCGGGUGUCCCACAAGGCCAAGCUCAGGCAGCGAUCACGGAAGCGACUCGUGCUGCUACUGCUGCUGUAGCAGCUGCCAUGGCGAAAUUGCCCCAACCCGGUGCUCAGAAGAAGCCCGGCGAUGCCUCCGUGGAAGGUGUUACGAAGCAAAUGGCUGAAAUGAAGCCGUACGAGCACCGUGCACCCCGGGGUGGUCAUCACCCUCGUGGCGGCCGUGGUGGUGCUCACCGUGGCCAACAUCAGGGCAAGAAGAUCGAAGUUCCGGAAACGGACUACGACUUCGAGACCGCCAAUGCCAAGUUCAACAAGCAGGACUUGGUCAAGGAAGCUAUUGCCACCGGCUCUCCUGUUCAUGAGGUCGAGCCUCAAAUCCCCAGUGGCGAACCCGAACCCUCGGAUAGCUAUGCUGCGGCCUACAACAAGUCCAGCUCGUUCUUUGACAAUAUCUCGAGUGAAGCUCGGGAUCGCGAAGAAGGCGCUGCCGCCCGUGGCGGUGGCCGCGAGUGGCGUGGUGAAGAAGAGAAGCGUAACAUUGAAACCUUCGGUCAAGGUAGCGUUGACGGCUAUCGUGGCGGUUACCGGGGUCGUGGCCGAGGCAGAGGGUAUGGCCGUGGUCGCGGUGGCGGCGGCGGCUAUGGUCGAGGCUACGGUGGCCGGGGCCGUGGUGGUAUGCGUGGAGGCCGUAAUAUGUCACAGUCCACUGGCGUCCCUGCCCCGAACUAG